AUAUUCACGAGAUUUCCGCCUGUCUAGCUAGUCAAACGGACUGCUAAAUACUAAAUAACACAGCAAACACUAACGGGCUACAUUGCUUGAUAUUAAACGCGUGCAAAGUUGCACUCGUGAAACAUAUACGUCUAUACAGAGCGUUAAAUAUAUCGUAAGAUUUGCUCAAGCGAGGACCUCGCAUCUGAUUGCCAAACUUUUAAGCGUUCCUCGCCGUUCAUUUUUUUUGCUCCGAAAAAUUUAAGUUGCAUUGCCAAAUUUAUCCAUUAAAAAAUGUAAUAAGAAUAAUAUUUUAAUAUAUAAUUGUUUGAAAGAAAUUAAAAGAAUUACUCUUAACAAUUUACCUUUUCAUUGAAAAAUAUAAAAUAAUUCCAAUGCAGAGAUUACUCGCGAAAAACUGAGCGCAUAUUUUUAAAAUUCCGAGUCUUUGGAAGCCUUUAAUAUGACAAAAAGAAGGGGAACGAGGAGAAGCAGACAUAUAGACGUAGUUUUAAAAGUUAAACAUACUUAUUAUCAGAAUAAUAGGAGUGAUAGAUUUGUACAAUAACAAGCUUUUAAGCUGCCCAUAAUUUUCGAGCUAAAUCGCGAAUCACUGUAUACAUGCAGUACAAAGGAUUUGAGCAAUCAGCCCGCGAUUUGCCAGUUUGAUUAUCAAAAGCAAGCGGAUUUAUGCCAGUCGUUAUUUACGUCGCCUAUUUUUUUUAUCUAUUGUAGUUUUCAAGGUCGCAUCUCGAAAUCAUUACUCGCCGUGUUGAUUUCGUAGAUCGUCAUGAAACAAAUCGUGUUCUUCCCUCUUCGCUGUCGACGCGACGACGCAAAGUCAAUCGCACGUCGCGAAAUAGAAGCGGCGAACUCUUAUUUAACAUGGUCGACCGAGCCGGCAGUACUCAGUCUACCACCGGCCGUAAUACAGAAAUAUUCGCAUUACCUCGCUGAUUCCUCGACGAAUCGGCGAGUCGUUGGGAGUGCCGCGAGAUUUCAUGGUGUACGCGCUGACGGGGUGAACGAUCAUGGUGCUUUCGGUCGUUUAUCUCGGCCUCCUCCUCCUAUCGGGUCUCUGUCGCGGUCAAGAAUUCAGUUACGAGGGAAGUCUAGGUGAGUCUGACAGAGAAGUUCGUUAUUCGACGUUCAUUGAUAAUGAUGCACUUCGAAAUGAGAUCAAUCUUGUUUUCGCAGGUCCGUCGCAUUGGGGUGAUGAGUAUCAUACGUGCAUUGGGAAACAUCAAUCGCCCAUUAACAUAGAGGAGCACAAUGUGAAGAACGUCAGCCUACAGCCACUGAGAUUGAUCGGCAUUGACAAUCCGUGCCAGUCGUACGUGACGAACACCGGUCACACGGUCAUGCUGAAAACCAACGAAUCCAAAGCAGCCAUGCUGUCCGGAGGACCCUUAGAGAAUAAUAUCUACGUGUUUGAACAACUGCAUUUUCAUUGGGGCCAGAACGAUUACGAGGGAUCCGAAGAUUUAAUUAACAACCAUUCGUUCCCGAUGGAAAUGCAUGCUGUGUUUUACAAGGAGGAUUACAAGUCGAUGGAUGAAGCUCUUAAGCACGAAGAUGGUCUGGCUAUUUUAGCAUAUUUGUACGAGAUAAGCCCUCAACCGAAUCCAAUGUACGAACCGAUUGUAAAAUUAUUACCUGACAUAGAAGCGAUGGGUAAGGGAAAAGUAUUGCAAGAGCCUUUGUUAUUGGAAACAAUACUUGUGCCAGAUAUUGCGAACAUGCAGGACUAUUUCACAUAUAACGGCUCAUUAACUACUCCACCUUGUCUCGAGGUUGCUACGUGGAUUGACUUUAAGGAUCAUCAAGAAUUAUCGCGCGAGCAGUUGUCUGCAUUUCGUGACUUACGGAACCCACAGGGCAACAAAUUGACUCACAAUUUCCGGCCGGUGCAGCCUUUGGAAGAUCGAGUAGUUCUUCACAACAUUCCGCAAGAGCAUAGCACACCGAGUAACAUUUCUGAAGACCAUCAUUUUGAUGGGCAUUCUGGACAACGGAGUGUCAAGGUGCCGAUUCUGUUCGUUGCAUUAGGAGCUCUUGUGGCAAUCUUUCUGUUUGCCAUGUGAAAUCCUUGAUACGAAAUAUUCUAGUCAAAGAGUGUUUUUCAAUUGUUAUCAUAACCUUUGAAGGAAGAGAAUGACGACAAUUAGUAAACUAUUACUAAGCGAAAAAGAAUCUAAUUUUAUAAUAUUGUUUGACGGUUAAGAUAUUUAAUUGAGUAAACGCUCUAAAAUAAAGUUUUAUGAUUUCAUGUAACUAGAAUACAUUUUAUGUGAUGAUUUUUAAUUUAACAGCAAUUUAAUUAUUUCUUAACAUUGUAACAGCGACAUAAGCAAUUCAAGAUCAUGACACACACAGCACACAUAUACAUACAUCAAUUAAAACGUUAUCUUUACACAUACAUUAAUCGCAAUCAUUUAAUUGUGAUUAAUAGUGACAUAUAACAGUUGCCAAGAUAAAAUGUUUGCAUUAAGAUUGAAUUUUAAAAUAAAUAGAUGUGUCAUUCUCCA